AUGUCUCAGAUAUUCGGCACGCUGCACAACGCGAUGAGCCGCGCCAAGGACGAAGCCAAGGACGGCGUGAAGUCCGCGAAGGCGCUCGUGGAGGAGCAGCACGGGCUGGAGCGGCACUUUGUCGACAUUACGGUCAAGUUCAUCGGAGCCUCGGGCCUGCCGAAGAUGGACGUCGUGGGCUCCGCGGACCCGUACUUCGUCGCGAAGGUGGACGACAGGCUCUCGUUUGUAUCCACGGUCAAGCCCAACACGCUUUCCCCGGUCUGGAACGAGCUGUGGAAGAUCCGGAACGUGCCCAGCACGGCGACGCUGCACGUCGAGGUGCUCGACAAGGACGUAGGGAACCUUACGGACGACCACAUUGGCACCUUUGACUCGUCCGUCGCUCCCGGCGCAAAAGAGUGCUCCAUCGAGAGCGUGUCCCUGCGCAGGAACCGUGGAACCUUCUGGUUGCACAUCGACUCUACGCCGUCGACGGACGGGAAAGCCGAGCGUCGCCAGUACAUCUUCGACGGCCCCAUCCGCUUCUCUCGCCACUUCUCGCCCACCGUCGGCCGCCUCACGAACCUGAACGACGCGCGCCUAUACUCGACGUGGAAGGUGUACAUCAAGGGCGUGCGCAUGUUCUUUGGGGACACCGUCCAGCCCUGGAACCGCGACUACAAGGCCGCGCAGUCGAUCUUCCAAGGCCCCGCGUCGAUCGCGGUCCGCUCGACGAUCCAGGCGGGGCACCGCAUGCUCUACGCGCGCAGCACGACCAACGGCUUCGGCGUCAUCGACGGCCCCCAGGACGUCUUCCGUCUCCUCCUGCACGGCAGCGUCGGCAACCCGGACGGGACGACGAGCGGGGCCGGCGUCGCGCAGGGCAUCCUCGCGAGCCUGUCACGCACCCAAACGGGCCCGCAGGCGACGUCGACAACGACGGAGGUUCCGCACGCUCACCGGGUGAAGCCGGCGGUGUACACGUACGUGAUCGCGGCGGAGGACGACUCGUUCCGGUUCUCGGAGACGGGCGCGGCGUUCUUCGUCGACUUCGCGUCCAAGCACGCGCUGCACGCGAACUGCGCGCGCGCGGUGCGCUACUCGGGCGAGUUCCACCCGCGGCCCGAGGGCGGCUGGGCGCGCUUCUCGGACGACGUCGCGGACGAGGCGGUGAGGUGGGAGCUCGUGAUCGACAACAACUCGGGGACGUACAGCCCGGACGCGCUGAUGCUGCCGGACCUGAAGGAGGUGCUCGAGUACAACUUCCCCGGGUUCACCGUGCACGCGUGGGACCGCAACGACCCGCGGCUGAGCGAGAGCCGCGAGGCGUGCCGCGCGUACGCGCUCGAGAAGCGCGGGGUGCGCCGGGAGGAGCUGCAGCCACACGCGGUCGACGGGCAGGAGACGCUCUCGCACAGCGCGUCGCAGCGGCGCGGGGCGGGCGCGGAUGCUGCGGAGUCAGAGGCGGCGAUCGGCGAGCCUGUCGUGGUGAACGACUAG